AUGUCAAGUAUUUUCGAUUCCAUACUAUAUACUACUAAUAAUACUACUACUAUCAAAGAUAAACAACAUAUAUUGUCCAAUCGUCAUUUAUGGCGUUUAAAUCGUGAAUUAGCAGCAAAAUCUAGAAAUAAUCAAAAUUAUUAUGAUAAACAGAUAAGAAUUGUG